CGUCUUUUCAUAUCACAGAAGUUAACGACGCGCACUGAUAUCCAAAAACCAGCUUACGGAAUUCCCUUGCAUAACCCUUUUCCGUCAAGCCGUGUGGGGUGUCGUACUCAACAAGUAUCUGCGGUUGGCUCUAACGCCAGACAAUGUCAUGCCCAUUCUGUGGAGAAGAUGCUGUCAUUAAAGAUAAGAUAGGAGCACACGAACAAUCCAUUUGUUCCGAGUGUGGUUUGGUUGUGUCUGACCAAACUUUCGAGGAUAGUUCCGAUUGUUACUUCAACGCUCCGUCACUCGGUGCCUUGCCGACAGGGGCAAGCGCAAGUAUACUCGCUGCGAAGAGAGACGCCGAUAAGAAAACUGAAUUUGUCAGUCCGGUUGGUGUCGAGGAAAUAACCUGUAUAUGCAAUGCAAUGGGUGUCAGCAGUUCCUUGAAGGAGGAAGGAAUGUUGAUACAUGCCGACGCUUGUAAACACCCAGAUAUGGAGGUUAGAAACAGAUCGAAACAGUUCAAGGAAUCUUUGGGUGCCUGCUGUAUGUAUAUUGUUUUACGCCGACACGAGUAUCCAAUCACUGCAAGGGAAAUGACGAGCACAAGAAAACUCCCCAUCAAUAAUUUUAUAUUGAUGUUGAGGCGUAUGAAACAGAUAAUGAAGAUUGAGAUGCCAAGAUGGAGCAUAGGUCAACUCACAGCCCACACGCUGCAGAAAGCAAAUUUUGAUAGAGGGGUUAUUGAAAGGACCCAAAAACUCAUGCAGAUAUGUGAUAAAUGUUGGCUCAUUAGUGGGCGAAGUCCUGAAGCUAUUAUUGUCAUAGCAUCCUACUUUGCCUGGUUGUCUUUUCAGAAAUCUGAUGUCAGUUUGUCGUCAUUUUGCAAGACAAAUCACCUCCGUCUUCCAAAAAGUAAUGGCACUCUGAAAAGAAUGAAGGAUAUUUUGCUUGCAAUGGCAGAACGUAUCCCAUGGAUUCAGAGCAUGAAGCCGUCACGGCUGCGCUACUACAUUGAAGAUAUAGUUAAAUACAAAGCUAGUCUAAUGAGAAAAGCCUUUGCUGAUUCUCCAUUGUCUGUGGAAGAAAAUGGGGAGUCGGCUGACAUGGCGCAUGGUGGAACAGAACUGUGUUUGAGGCCACCGUUAAGUAGAAAGAGGAAGCUUGAGGACAGCAGCCCAGAUGUCAGAAGUAAUGAUGAAAUUGAUGCUGAGAUAUCUGCCAAAUAUGGACAUGUGAUCAACUCUUCUGAAAUUGAUCCUAAUGAAUUUGCAGAUGAAAUGGACAUGUACAUCAAGACAGAGAAAGAAAAGGAAGAUGUUAAACUGAUUAGCUGUAUUGGUGGCAAUUUACAGCCAGUGGACAAGUCAUGAGUACCAAGUUUCAGUCAGUGUGAUAGGCCAAAAAACUGAACUUUUGUAUGAUCUCCCUAAAUCUCAGGAAGCUAGUGCAGAACAUUUUGUUACACAUAUGUUAGUAUUAAAUGACACAUGGACUAUUUUGUUAAGUUGAAUUCCUGUAACUUGCAUAUUGCUAGAGUAAAAACAUCUGGUUGUACCAUGGACACUUAUUACUAUGUUCAGGGUCCAUGGUUGUACAUGUAACGGAGAAGGACAGGAAAUCCAGCAGGCAGCCUGUGCCACUACAUUUAAAUCUGCUUGUCCGAAACUGUCCACUAGAAUUUCAGUAAAUGGAUUAGUAUUGACCAUAUUGAAAGACCUGCCUCAACCGAAUGAAUUUUACUCAAUGUGACUUCAGACUACUAGUCGACAGUGGAAGCAGUUUCCAACCACAUUCUGCUAGUCAAUAAGAAUUUCUACUUACCUCUUGUUUAAAUAGUUAACAGGAGGGCACAGAUGUCGCACUCACAGGGUUUUAGGUUCCCUCAUUUUUUAGGACAUUGCCAUCCAAAAUUGUUUUAUUCAAAUUUGUUCAUGAUAUGGAACAGGAUAGAAGAAAGUCCUCUGAAAAAUAUAUAUAAAAUCAUGAAAAUGUUCUUACGUCAUUUGGUACUCUCAAAAUUACUGAAUCAGAACACCUAGUCUGUCUGCCUGGUACACUUGAUUGUCAACAUGAUGAGGUACUUUGGUGUUUUUGUUCUGAAGUACCAGUAUGGUGUCAUACAUAUAUACAAUGUUGCAACAGAUGCAUGACCUUCACACUGGACUUGCCUCCCACUUUAAGAUGACCUGGUGAUAUAUAUGAAAUACUGUUUGUGUUAAGUGAUGUUAAACACAACACUCUAGUUACAGAUAAAUGAUAUGUUGUAACAAUAUCAAUGUAAUCAUGGUAAUAAUAAUAAAAGAAUGAUGGAAAUUUAUAUGAAAAAGUGUCGAAGGUUAAAGGUUACCUGGAUCACAAGCUGUUUCUCUGUGAUUAUCAUUAGAGUUCCAACGAUGUGCCAAUCUGUUUUACAGAGGUGCUAGAUUGUUAUAUGAAAUAAUUUGUGUGUGUGACCAGCUGUUUAUAGUGUAUACAUGGUAAAACAAGUCUUUUGUACAGUUUUUUACUUAAGAUUGCAAGAUUUUAUAAGUUGACAUUUAUUGUGUUUUUGUUGGACAUGUUGAAGAAUAAAUGUUUCAGUAUAAUGUAAA